CAUUAAAAAUUUGUGAAAAUGUUAACUAGACCAAUUUUAAAAUGGCCUUUGGCCAUUUUACUGCUAAGCCUGAUAAUUGCAUGUGAGGCCAAACGCAAGUCAAAACGUUUGCAGGCCAUUUCACCAGUCAAGCUGCUCAAGGAUUAUGAAUUAAAUAUCAACGAAACCUCCCUAGAUGUUGUAUCCUGGACAGGAGCAAGGAUACAGCAGCAGCAGCAGCAACAGGAGCAGCAAGAGCAGCCCAAACAGUCUACGAAAAAAUCUCGACGUCGCAAAACCAAAAGUGGUCUACUCAUAGAAAGUAACAUUUCCACCGAUGAGGAAUCAUUGUCGUCUUUGGAUGUAACUUCCAGGAAGAAAUCUUCUGGCCAACAAUCUCGUCGCAAGCGGCCCAAGUCGAAUGCCAAUGCUCUUCGUCUACUUAAUAGCCAACAGGCAGAUGAUGGCAAUGGCAUUGGCAGUCCAUCGAACUCUCCUGGCUUGUAUCCGCAACUCUUUAAUGUAGUGUCACGUGCCACGAUCACUGUUAAUGCCACCUGUGGCCAAAACGGUGCCGAAGAGUAUUGCAAACUGGUCGAUGCCUAUCCCCAUCCCAAUUGGGCCAAACAGUGUGGCACCUGUAAUGCCCACUCAUCGGAUCGCAGCAAACAGCGUCCCAUUGAGUCGCUAAUCUCAUCUGGUUCCAGCUACGAUGAAAGCUGGUGGCAAUCACCAACACUGCAGGGUGGCCGACAAUUUGAAUAUGUCACCAUCACAUUGGAUCUUAAGCAGACCUAUCAGAUAUUCUUUGUCACCCUGAAGUCGGCCAAUUCGCCACGUCCAGCCUCUUGGAUACUUGAGAAAUCUCUGGAUGGCAUUAAUUAUGAACCUUGGCAAUAUUUUGGCUUGAGCGAUGCUGACUGCAAACGACGCUGGAAUCUUUCGGGCGAGAAUGGCAAAUAUUUCUUUCAAAAUGACACUGAAGUCAUAUGCUCCACACAAUUCUCGAAACCCCUGCCACUGGAGAAUGGCGAAAUUCAUGUCUCACUGCUAAAGAAUCGUCCGGGAGCCAUGGAACAGACACCGGAAUUGCAGAAAUUCAUCACAGCUCGCUAUAUGAGAAUACGUUUACAGGGUAUGCAUUCGACGGCAAAUUUGGAUAAUAGUGUGGAUUGGCUUUUGGACUCGCAGUCAUUGGAGAAACGCAGUUUCUAUUCCCUAAAACAGUUGAGAGUGAGUGCUCGUCUGGAUUGUCAUGGACAUGCAAAUGCCACAGAUGAAGUGAAGGUGGCAUCAUCGAGUGUAUUAAGGUGUCAGUGCCAACAUAAUGCCUGCGGAUUGCAGUGUGAGGAAUGUUGUCCAUUGUUUCAGGAUCGACCCUACUGUUUGGGUGGCGAGUGUGAGAUAUGUCAAUGCCAUGGCCAUGCAGAGAGCUGCACGUAUGAUUCAUUUCUGGAAAAAGGCAUUUGCCAAGGAUGUGGUAAUCAUACGGCAGGAAAUGAUUGUGAAUUCUGUGAGAGUGGCUAUUAUAGGGAGUUAGGUGCUCCUCUGACCGAACCAUGCCUGCCCUGCUCUUGCAAUCCACAGAGAUCGACUGGUAGCUGUUCGCCUGUAGGUGGAAAUUGCCAAUGCUUGGAGGGAUUCGAGGGCAAACAGUGUGAGCAAUGUGCUCCUGGCUAUUAUGGAGACAAUUGCAAGCGUUGUGAAUGCGAUGAGAGGGGUUCCGUUCCUACAUCGGAUGGAUCGUGUUCCGACAACUGUCAAUGCAAGGCCCAUGUAGAGGGUAAAACAUGCUCGCAAUGCUCACCAGGCUACUUUGACUUAAGUACGGAGAAUCCUUUGGGUUGCUCCAGCUGCUGGUGCUCUGGAGUCUCGGAGACGUGUCAUAGUUUCCAACUGCAAACUCUUGCCUUUGAGACUUUAAAUGGUUGGCAUAUUACCGAUAUACGAAGGAGUCAAGCCACCGCCAUUGCCAUCGAUGUGGAACUGAAACGCUUGAUAUUUGGCAAUGAGCUAGACGAAGUGGAGGCCAUCUAUUGGCAAGCACCGCUGGGUUAUCUGGGCAAUCGCCUUACCAGCUAUGGAGCUCGGCUUCAACUGCAACUCUCCUGGGAGGUGAUGAGAGGAGACACUUCUGGCAAACCCACAACUGGACCCAAUGUUAUACUCUUUGGCAAAAAUGGCCUGAAAAUUGCCUAUGCUGAUGAAUCAUUUGAGAGCAUGCAAGCCGAUUUGAAUGUCAUUUUGUCCGAAGAAACAGGCUGGUAUCAUGUCCCGCAGGACAUUAAGGACAUAAAAACUCGUCUACGUCGCACUGAAGGCGGAGACUAUCAUGGUGAGACAGUCACUAGAGCGCAAUUCCUCUCUGUUUUGGUAUCACUCGAGGCACUGUUAAUACGGGCAGCUUUCCAUACCGAUCAGGUGGAAACGUCCUUGCACCGGGCGGUCAUCUAUUCCGGUGGCAUGGAGCUGGGAGCUCAGGCUUCCAGCCGAGUCGAACAGUGCAUCUGCCCGGCUGGCUACACGGGCUUAUCAUGUGAAUCUUGCUCCUUUGGCUACAAGCGAAUCUAUGAGAAUACAACGUCGCAUCAGCUGGUGGGCAAGUGUAUACCUUGUCCCUGCAAUGGCCAUUCAAAUUCGUGUGAUCUUCAGAGUGGUCGAUGUGGAGAUUGUAUGCACAAUACGUUUGGCGAAAGGUGUGAACGCUGUCAGUUGGGAUUUUACGGGAAUCCCCUGCAAGGAACUCCAAACGAUUGCAAACGCUGUGCUUGUCCACUUCUCGAAGAUGAGAACAAUUUCUCGCCCAGCUGUCAAUUGAAAUCCUACAAUUACAUGGACCUUAACCCACAAUUCGAGCUGAUUGAGCACGCGGAAUACAUAUGCACACAGUGUCCCGAAGGAUAUACAGGUGACCAUUGUCAGGACUGUGACGAUGGGUAUUAUGGCAAUCCACUGCAGUUGGGCAACAAAUGUCAACGAUGCGAAUGUGAGGGCGGACCCUGCAAUGUGACGACAGGAGAAUGCAUUACCUGCCAAGGCAAUACGGAAGGAUGGCACUGUGAACGUUGUAAAUUGGGCUACUGGGGAGAUCCUGCUGUCGGCUGUGAUCCCUGCCAUUGUCACAGCGAUGGCUCAGAGAGUGGACUCUGCGACAGCACGAAUGGUCAGUGUCUGUGCAAGCCCCGUUAUGCUGGUCAAAAAUGUGAUCAAUGCGAUGUGGGCUAUGCCCAUGUGGAGUUACAAUGUUUACCCUGUAACUGUGAUCCCCUGGGAGCAGCCAUUUUGGACAUUUGUGAUCCACAGACAGGACAAUGUGCUUGCCGAACAGGUGUCAUGGGUGUCAAGUGUCAUGAAUGUCAGAAUGGUUACUUUGGCAUGAAUGUAAAUGCCCAACAAUUGGAAGAUCUGGCGGCCCUCAGACAUGCAGAAAACGAUAAUGAUUGGGAACUCGUACGAUCCGGCGAUGGAGACGAUGAUGAUGAUGACGAUAUUGAUAAUGGCAAUCCCGUGGCUUGUGAGGAUUGUCAUUGCAGUCCCGUUGGCUCGUUAUCAUCGACCUGUGAUAAACGCAGUGGUCAAUGCGCCUGCUUCGAGAAUGUCACUGGGAGAAGAUGUGAUAAAUGCAAAUCGGGUCAUUGGAAUCUUACACAAGGUGUUGGUUGUCUGGAUUGUCAAUGCGAUGCUCACGGCUCACGAGGACACGAGUGCAACCCCUGGACAGGACAAUGCGAUUGCAAGAUUGGUGUAGGAGGCCAGCAUUGUAAUGAAUGCACCGAAGGUUUCUAUGGCUUUGGCACGGAGGGUUGUCAUCGCUGUGCGGCCUGCACGGCAGAAGGCCAAGUUUGUGAUCCGCAUAAUGGUCGCUGCAUUUGUCCGAAAUUCACUCGCGGACUGGGCUGUGGCCAGUGUGUGCCUGGAACAUGGGGCUGGCAAUCGCGUUUGGGUUGUCGCGAGUGUGAAUGCGAUCACAUUGGCUCCAUUGGGCAAUUCUGCUCGCCUGCAGAUGGUCAGUGUGAGUGCCGUGAGGGAUAUGCUGGCAGAAGUUGUGACUCCUGUGCUGUGGGCUACUUUGGUUAUCCAGAGUGUCGACGUUGUGGUUGCGAUGCUGAUGGUUCAUUUAUGCGUUCAGAUGGCCUAAUAGCUUGCGAUUCGAAUGGCCAGUGUCCUUGCAAAAGUUUGGUUGUGGGUCUCAAGUGUGACACUUGCAUGCAGAGCACCUUUGGCUUGUCUGCCCUCAAUCCAGAGGGUUGUACUCGCUGCUUCUGCUUUGGUCGUUCGGGAGACUGUGAGCAAAGUGAUCUAUCUUGGGGUCAUAUACGCAUGGCGGAAGCAAGGAAUCUGAGUGUCCAUCAAUUGCAUGCCCAGCAUGCGGCUGGCGGUGAUUAUGAGUACAUUGUUGUGGUUCAAAUGGAGGGUAGCAUUUACCAUCGCCAGGAUGCCGAGAUUCAACGCAUGAAUGACUUGAAUUUGGUUCCCAAAUCCACUGGCAAUGUAUCAAUUGGAGCUUAUGGACAAUUCUAUCAACCCUUGUAUUUUCAAUUGCCACCACAAUUCUAUGGAGAUCGCACAAGUAGCUAUGGUGGCUAUCUAUACUUUACCCUACUCACAGAGGGCGCUCAUACACCGCUGGAGAGAAAGAUUCUAUCACAAUAUCCUUUGGUUCAGUUUCACUCCCACUCCAAGUUAGUUUUGGAUUUCUACGAGUAUGAGGCAUUUGAAUAUUCUCUUAAUGUCACCCAUCGUGUGCCAUUGCAUGAAUCCUAUUGGAAAUAUCAUCACAAUAAUCAGGCCGUGGACAGAAGUACCUUAAUGGCAGCUCUUCAGAAUGUAAAACAUAUUUUUCUGCGUGCGUUUGCCUUUGCCGAAUUCGAUCAAGUUGUACUGCAGAAUGUCCACAUGGAUGCGGCCAUCUAUGUUCAGGGCUCUACCAAUCUAAUUGCCAAGGGUGUGGAACGUUGCAAGUGUCCCAAACGUUUUGAUGGUCUAUCCUGUCAGGAUCCGGGACGCUCUUUCUAUCGUUGGCGCAAUUCUAGUGAUGUGGAUAGUGUUUUCAUUGAAGAUCUCAUUGGACGUGCAGCUCCUUGCCAUUGCAAUGGUCGGAGCAGUGAUUGUGAUCGUGAAACUGGCGUUUGUUUGCACUGCCGCCAAAACAGCGGAGGAAGUCAUUGUCAGCAUUGUGCUGAUGGCUUCUAUGGUGAUCCGAAUUCCCCGCAUGGUUGUCAACCGUGUCCUUGUCCAGAAACCAAUAGAAAUUUCGCGCGUGGCUGUAAUGUAUGGGAAGGGGAAGUGAGUUGUGUAUGUAAGCCAGGUUAUACGGGACGAUUAUGCGAACGUUGUCAAGUGCGUUACUUUGGCAAUCCCAUGAUGUAUCCGAAUAGCUCCUGCCAGGCCUGUCAAUGUAAUUCCGAUGGCAUUCGUGCGGAGGGUUGCGAUGCAGAGACCGGACAGUGUUAUUGCCGUGAAGGUGUCACCGGCUUAAAGUGCAACAAAUGUCUGGCCGAGCGACAUCAUCUCGUAGAGACCGGCUGUAGAGUUUGCGACAAUUGUACGCUCUUGCUAAUGGAUUAUGUGGAGCUUAUAGGGCAUAAACUACGUCGUGGUCUUCACAAUAUGGAUCUAACUGGCAUACCAGCUCCAUAUAUGAAACUCACCGAAUAUGAAGUAGCCUAUGACAAUUGGCAAGGACGUCAUCAGGAUUUCACACAAGCUAAGCAGCUUAUUUUAAGCUACGACACGGCAGGAAUCUCGAAACUCGAUGCUCAUGCAGAAAAUGCUAAAUUUCAGUCUCGCAAAGCUUUGACCACCAUAGGUAAACGUCAACAUGCUUUGGGCUCAAUGCUCUCCGAUUCUCGGGUUCAGCAACAAAGUGUAAGCCAAAUACGUUCUGGGAUUUUCCAUACACUACACGAUCUAAAGAACUAUGGCCAGGGUGAGCAACAUUUGAGUUUGCCAACUGCUUUGAAGCAAGCUCGCUUUUAUCUAGAGGCCGUUCAAAUGCACGACCAUCAAGUUUGGAAUAUACGUAAUACCAGCAAUUGUGCCUGGAUGCAUUUCUAUGCCACUGGCAAUGCCUCAGAUGCUGCCUUCGAUGAGCAAGGACGUCUAGAGAUGCUCUGGCGAGAUCUUAAUCAGACCAAUUAUCGUGUCUCCGAUAUGAGAAUCCAAAUUGAUCGCACCCAGGAGGUGGAAAAUGAAGCCGAGGACAUACUGGAACAUAUCAAGAAUUUAAGUGUUCAUGUCAGAGAAUCUCAUGAAGAGCUUCGAGAUUUGGGCCAGAGCAUAGAUCAGCAUUUGAAUCAGACUUUUGCCGAACAGGGUGAAACUGCCGUGCAGACUAUUUAUCAACUUCACAAGCAGCUCAAUCAAGAUCUUAAUCAAUUGGAUGGCUCAACGGCACUUCUGAACUCCACGCUUGUCCAUCAGGCUGAACAACAGCGCGAAGUGCGCCGCCAUUGGCUCCCCAAAGCGGAGAAACAUGCCGAUCAUUUGCUAGAGCGCUCCAAUGAAUAUGCCCGACAAUUUCAGCCAACAAGAAAUGCAGCACGCAUCGCCAUGUUGGCGAGCUCAGCUCACACGAACAUCUCGAAGGCCAUCAAUGAUGCACGUUUAGCCUCUUUUCAGGCCAAAGAGCGUGUCCAUGAGGCUCAGCGUACACUUUAUCCCACAGAUGGCAAUUCCAUGAUCGAUCGAGCCAGACAUUCUCUACAUCGUUCACAGCAAUUGCAACAGGAGGCCAUCAAGCAAAUGCACAAGUCGAAUGUCCUUAAGCAAAAGGUUCAGCGACAGGGACAACAAGUUGAGGGCAUUAAGACCACCAUCAUUGAGACAGGACAACGGAACAAUAAUAUUUCCAGUCAACUUCAAACUCUGACCAAUGCGGCCACUGCGCAUCGCCAUGCCAAAGAGAGUCUAGACUCGGCCCACCGAACCGGUGAACAGAUGCGUGCAGAGUUGCGUAAGGUCAAGGAACUGCAGCAUUCUUUACACCAUAUGAGGAAAUCAUUUGCCAUGCUAGAACCCGAUUGGGAAAUCAAACUAGGCAUGGCCGAAGAGAAUAUUUCCCUAACCAAAACUAAUCUGCGUCUGGCCAAUGUUUCCCUUAGCUAUAUUGAACAACAGGCAGCCAGAGAGCAAGAUGUCUUUGAGGUUUGGAAUAACUCCAUGGCCACGCAAUUGCAACAAUUGAGAGACUUGAUAGCAAAGGCAAGACAUGCGGCAGAGGCGAUUGAUGUCUCUCUGGAAUCAGUGGGACCGAAAUGCAGUCGUUUAUAUCUGCCAGCUUCGUAUGGACUAACCACUUCCAAUACUUUACAUCUCAGCUUUGCCCUCUCCAAUCACAUAGAGAGCUCUCCAUUGAUCCAUGUGGCAGGCACCGAGGGACGUCAUAUUACCCUAGAGCUCUACAAAAGACGAGUGCGUCUUGUUUGGAAUUUGGGUGGCACAACAGAGACAAUAACACAUCCUUUAGUGGUACAGACAAGGGAUCCCAAAUUCGAUGAUGCCUGGUAUCAUGUGGAGGCGAAUAGAACUCUUAAUCUUGGCUCACUGCUAGUGCGAAGAAUGAAUAAUUUUGGUGAAUUAACUCCAGAGAAUCCAGUGAUUACCACUGGGUCAACAGACGCAGAGCACACACGUUUCUAUCAGUCGCGCACUGAACGAAUCUCUCUGGGUGGCUUUGGUUCAUCGAAGGAUCUACAACAGAUGACCAAGGGUCUCAAUGUCGUCGUUCAUCAGGUGGUGGUAGAUAACAAGCCAUUGGGUUUGUGGAAUUUUGUUGGCACUGAAGGACGGUGUGGCGGUGCCAUGAUUGGAGCCAGAGAAUCAACAGCUUCAUCUGAGGCACGUCAUUUUAAUGGCCUGGGCUAUGCCCAGCUUCAAAAGAUGCGUCCACGUCCAUAUCGCAAGAAUGUGUUCUCCUUGCAGAUGACUUUCCGUACACUCGAUGAGAAUGCUUUACUCUUCUUAGCGGUUGAUGACAAAAAUAACCGCUCGGUGUCGGUAACCUUAAGUCGAGGCCGCAUUAUGUUCCGCAUUGACUAUGGCGAUGAAUCCAAGUUGGAGAUAAAUACCACCAAAAAGUAUAAUGUAGGACAAUGGAUAAAGAUCGAAGCGGCCAGAGAGUUCUCGGCCAAACGAAGCACAGAGAAUGGCAUUUUGCGUGUGAAUAACGAUCGACCCAUAUCGGGGGCACCCACUUUGCCCAUUAAUGGUCAUAUGUUGCCGGAUCUAUCAAAGGCAGUGUAUUACUUGGGUGGAGUGCCACCAGGCUUCACGUCAGGCACAACUAAAGCUCCUGGAGCAGAUAAUCCCUUCCUCGGUUGCAUGAAGGAUGUCCAAGUUAAUGGUGAAACUUAUGACCCACUUGAGAGCUCCAUUUACUUUGGUGUAGAAUCCUCGUGCAAGGAAAUGAUUACAAAGGCUGGCUUCUCAGGCAAUGGUUAUUUAGAGUUGCCCUCGCAAUCCCUCCGAAAACGAGCCAACACUGGCUUAGUCUUCCGCACUUUACAACCCGAUUGCCUAUUACUCUUGUCUGCUUAUCCACCUGAAGUUCUUGACGACUACGAUUCCAAGGACAUCAAGGGCAACUAUUCCAUGAGCCUGAUUGAUGGACAAUUGCAAAUUUGGAUCAAUUCCGGACGCAGUUUCCUCAAAAUGUACUCGAAUGGCAGUCAAUUAAAUGAUGGAGAAUUGCAUGUUAUACAGCUGAUUAAAACUGGACGGAAAUUAGAACUAAUGAUAGACGAUGAACUGCAGGAUACAAAGAGUUUGAGUGGCACACCAACAGUUAUAAGCUUACCCCGAGAGGCUGGCGGUCUUUACAUUGGCGGUGCACCACCAUAUGAGAGCUAUAACCCACUGGCUCCGACUUUUGUAAAACUCGAAGGAGCCAUACGCGAUGUUGUCUUUAAUAAUCGCACAGUAAACUUUAAUGAUGCCAUAACUUUUGCCAAUGUUCAGAUAGGACGUAACGGACCAGUGAUGGGAAACCUUAAGAGUGGCCUUUAUGAUGUUCUUCUUAAGACAGAGCCAAUGAUUGGCAAGAGCUUCACAGCCUCACCCGAAGGAUGUAAGCGGAUUGGCAGCUAUUCAUAUGAACCGAAUGCCUUCAAAUUUGGCGAUGAUUUGUAUAGCUACUCCCAGUUAAAACUCCCCGAACGACAUUUCUGGCAACGAAACUUCCAUUUCACAUUCGAUUUUCGAUCUUUCUAUCCGAAUGGUAUGCUAUAUUUGUCACCUGGCAGCAAAGAGAAGCCCAAACACUAUGUGGCUCUGUUGCUGAAAGAUGGCCAAUUGGUGCUCAUAGUGCGGGGACGUCGUCGUGAGGAGCUGCAAUUGACGGCCAAGCUAAAUGACGGUGAAUGGCAUCAUGUGACAAUCAAUUGCCAUGAACGCAAGGUCACUAUGUCUGUGGAGAUUGGACGCACGGAUCAGAAGACAUCGGCCCAAAUGAAGGUGCCCAAGAAAAUUGGAGCCGCCCAGCUAAUGUUUGUCGGUGGCCUGCCCCAGGCACCUGUCAAAGUGCCCGCUGAACUAGUCGCCCGUUUGGAGGCCUUCAAGGGUUGUAUACGACGUGUGAGCAUUAAUAAUAUAACCCAGGAUUUGGCACGUCCUGGCAAACAUUCAAAUGUGGGACAAUGUUUUCCCACCGUCGAACGUGGCAGUUAUUUCCCAGGCGAUGCAUAUGCCAUAUUUAAGAAAAACUUUCAUGUGGGCAAAUACUUGGAUUUAGAUAUGGAGUUUCGCACAUCGGAACUGGCUGGCAUUCUAUUAAGUGUUUCAGAGCCCAAUGGCUUUCCAGCUUUAUCUCUAGAGCUCAAUAAUGGAAAUAUUGUUUUCUCAUACGAUAUUGGCGAUGGAAUACCUUUGCGUGUGGAGUCGAGUUUGCCUGAGAAAUAUGCCCUGUGCAACAACAAAUGGCACAAUGUAUCAGCUCUCUAUGAUGGCGAACAGUUAGUGCUACGUAUUGACCAAUUGCCAGCCACCAUAAGUGCGGGUAAUCUGCGUAGUGCAGGCAAAGUGCAAACUCGUUCACCUCUUUUCAUUGGUGGCAUAUCAGACAUAGCACCCAGUGGUUCAUUGCUUACCCGUGAGAAUUUCAAAGGUUGCAUACGCAAUGUUUCCAUACGCAACGAGAGACGAGAUUGGAUCGAUAUGGAUGAUCUGCAUAAUGUUUUGCUCAGCGAGUGUCUCAUCUCCAGUGAGGAUAACUGAGAAUUGAGAAAACGUUAAGAAUGUUCCGACUAUGAUGCGCCACACACCAAAACUUUUUCCAAAAUGUAUUGUGAUCGAAUUUUAUAAUAAUCAAAUUUUGUACACUUAAUUUUACACUGCCAUACAUAAGUUUAGUUUUUAGAGUAUUUUGCAAAAUUUUCUUAAUUGCCAGUGACUGCAUUUGAAAUCGAAUUUUAUUUUCUUUUGG